AUGGCUAACCCCAGUGUCCUUACCUUUGAUGCUGAGGGUCGUGCUGUUGACUUUGAGGUCUGGGUCGAUGACCUCCAGCUGCUCCUACAGUGCGAUAGGGAAGACGGACUCUCCCUAUUCAAUCUCACCUCUGGUGCCUCUCCUACCCCACCUUCUACUGCUGACAGCACUGUUCGCUCACAGUGGGCCAAACGCGAUGCUGCUGCAAGCCUUGCUGUGCGUCGCCACUUACCGACCACUGAGCGUGCGCACUUUAGCCAGUACAAGAGUGCUAAGACCUUUCGGUCGGCGCUGCGUCUGCCUCGAGCGGGAGACGCCGCACCGGCAAGGGAAAGGGGGGCAAGGGCGCUGGAGGGGCUGGCAGGGGCGGUGGAGGUGGUGGUGGAGGCAGUGGAGGGGGUGGAGGUGGUGGUGGGAGUGGUGGCGGGGGUGGAGGUGUCGGUGGCAGCAGUGGAGGCGGUGGAGGCGGCGGCGGUGGCGGAGGGAGCGGAGGCGGCGGAGGUGGCGGAGGCGGCGGCGGCGGCGGUGGAGCUGGUCACGGCUCUGCGCAGAGGAGUGCGGGGUUGA